AUGAUAUUAUCGGAGUUGAUCCUCAAGCGAAUGCCGAUGGACGCGCUUGCAUGGCUCGCUCCGAAUGUUUUGGAGGGCGUCAACGAACAAGGCGACUGUCGUUUCGAUGAUCUGGCGGGCUUUGAUUUCUGUCAGACGUUUCUCAAUCAGCACUACAAACGCGAUUCAAUUCUCGAGCUCGUCGGGAAAGAAUUUGAAGCAGAGAAAAAGUCAAAGCCGGAUCGGCUCUCUGAUGUGAUGAAGAUUGUACAGAAGCGCCAUGAUUUGAAGUACAACAAGAAAAAGCUUGAGCCGAAGGCGACGAUUGAGUUCGAUUCUACUGAUCCUGUCGUAAGAUUUGCUGGAUCAUAUCUAUUUACCGGCAAAAAAUGCAAGCCGAAAGGACUUGACUUGCAAGCAGCUCGAAGCAAUCUUCUCCUUUUCAAUAUUAACCGAGAAAAUGACGAUCGUUUGCCGAAAUUUCAACUUGUCGACUAUUCGCCACUGGAUCGGCGCCAUCAUCCUGACCGGCAUGCGUUCCGUCCUGUUCAUCAAUCCGCGUUUAAUCCUGCCGCUGGUGGUAUUUUCCUCGACUCAGUUGUUCUUGGACAAUCAUUCAUGGACAGAGUCUUUAGGGUCCACAGCGUUACGACAGAUGUCCUCGAAGACAAAAAGGUUAUGUUGGAGGAUGAAACUUUCGAGGAUAUGGAAUUUAACUACUCUCGUCAACGUUGUUGGCGAGAUUAUGUAACGAAUCCUGAAGAAAGUCUUCAUCCGAUGAUUCAGCGUCCUCAAUACGACCCCGACCUCGCAAACUCCCCAGAAGAAGCAGAAAAAGCGGUCAUUGACUUCUAUCGUUUCUCUGGUGACAAGCAAGAGGUUGCCUGGAGUUUCGAUUUCAGCCUCCUGAAAGAUAAAUACGAUGAUAUUUAUGCAAGAUUUAUCGAUGAAGGUCAAUGGUUCAUUGUUGCAUCUUCGGAGGAUGAAAGUUUGCCGACGAAAGUGUACCACUGUGACUUACAAAAGAAAGAAGUCAAUCAAUUUUCCUUCCCCGAAAAUGAAGAUUCAAUGAACUACAACUUCUCAAUGAGAUUUUUCGGAAUCUACAAAGGCCUCAUCUACUAUUCAAGAGUCGUAGAAGUCUCUGAUGAGGAGUGGGGGUCGCACGACAGAUUUCUUUUUGGAUACUUGAAGAAAGAAAGCAGAAAGCGCCAUUUUGAUGCUGAUGAAUGUGAUGACGCUCUAAAUGUGAAUCUCUGCUUUCUGGAAUAUCGAAGUGAUACGCAGCUCCAUGUUGAAGUAAAAAUAGGUGCCAACGGCUUCGUUCACUUUGCUUUGGUUCCGCCGAAAGUCUACACCUUUUCCAUCGAAGACAUCAAAAAGAAGAUUCCAAAAGCUGAAAAACGAUCCAGGAAGAUUGAUCAGAAUGACACCGAAGAAAUUACCCUGCCAUGCAUCAACCUCCAGGACUUUUGCAUUCCAAAAUACCGAGAUCUGAGUGAGAAUCUUCUUCCUUGGCAAUCCGAUGUUGGAUACGUCGAAGGCAAAAAGUUCCAUCUUCUUGUGUAA